AUGACGCAGCAACGCCCAGAUUUUAUUGACCUCAGGUCGAAAUCACAGACCUCGGUUUCACGACCGCUCCGAUCCCCUCGAAUGCACAUUGCUGGCGAAGCGCCCCCAGAGCUCUCGCCCCUUGAUGCAUUCGCCCUGCAGAGUCGAUUGCUGUCCAAGCAACUGGAGGACAGUGCGAAACAGGGUCGGCGCAUGAGCCGGUUGCCACCUUUGACCGUUGAAAGUCCCCUUAUCGUUCAAGGCCGAUCGGAUUAUUUCCGCUCCCUAUCUCAGGAUUCUGCUUCGGAAGAUGAGCACCCGCCGCUCCAGAACGUGGGGCUUGGUUUAAAGACAGAGGUGGACGACGACCUUGACAACCGACCAAAGUCUAUGCAUCCCCGCCUCUCUCAAGUCCCGCCAACACCGGACGAGUCGAUACCGGUGCCGACGGUGCCAAUGGCUCACUUUGACCCUGUCAAGGCGGGGCACUUGAGCGAUGCCACGAAGAAAGGAGGAUUAUUUGGCGUUGGGGCUCGUAGGGAACGGUCACCAUCACCCAUUGGACUCAGGGGUUCGGGGAAGCAAGGCGAAGGCAAACCCAUCACCAACGACGCUCUGUCGCAUCAAUCGCCCGUUGCCAGCGCUUCCAUUACCGGUUCACCCGAAAGAUUCUCUAAAACCUCGUUUGAUGCGGCUGGGCUUGUCCCCCCUAAACCCAUGUUUACCAAACGAACCUCGAGUCUCAUGUCCUCGCCACUUGAAUCGGCCGACGAGGAAGGAGUUUUAAGCACGUCGGUCCACUCUCUCGGCUCAAGGAAGUUUUCUUCUGGUAGCAGCGUUUUGUCUCCGGCCGGCCCGCCGUACCAACGCUCUCCCUCAGUCGCCUCCGACGCUUCCGGUCUUCCUCGGCCACAAUUCAAUUUCUCAAGGCCUCUCAGUAGGGCUGGGACUCCGAGUUUUGAACCACCAACGCGCCAGUUAUCUUCCGACAGCCAGAGCUCCUUCGUUACCGCAGACGACGCCACUGGCACCUCGAUGAGCUUGACCAGCGAGACAUCGCGUGAAGCAGCGGUAGAGGACGGCACUAGUGGAGCCCCGUCUUAUAUUUACUCGAAAUUUGCGCUUCCUCGAGGUAAGGCGCUCCAAAGGUCGUCCAUGAUUCUGCUCAACGACCCUCCUGUUCGUCCCUCCUUUGAGCAACCCCUAUCGCCCACUAGCAGCCAUGCUCUCAACCACUCCGCCAUUGGACAACCGCCACCAUCUCCUCCCACACGACCCUCCAGUUCCUCCGGUGGCAUAGAGUUGGACCGUUCGCGACCGUCGCAAGAACGAAGUAAGUUGAGCACUGAAGUGAUGCGUCCUGCUCAGCAACCCUCUCCAAACCCGAGCAGACCAUCAACGGACAGUGCCCAUGAUUUCGGAGACGACCGACGGGGCCGGAGUCUAGGACCUCAGUUGGACGACGCCGCGACCGGCAGGUCCGUGGGAGCAUCCGCUACCACUAGCGACUCGGCCAGCACCAUUAAGCCCGACAAGUCGACCCAUUCGGGGAUCCCCACAAUGUCGGACUUGACGGCGGAGGAACAUGUAACUAAGUCGAUUGCCCUGCAUGAAGCUGGUGCUCUGCAAGAGUCUACGUGGCAUCUGCGACACGCUGCUAAUCAGGGACACGCCACUGGCAUGCUGCUGUAUGCCCUUGCCUGCCGGCACGGAUGGGGAACACGCCCCAACCCGCGGGAAGGUGUUCAGUGGCUUCGGAAAGCGGCUGAGUGCGCUAGCCUGGAGCUCGCUGAUGAAGACGGACAGCCGAAGCAGGCUAAGCCCGCAGAUGUAACGGAGCGCAAGACGCGGAAGGCCCAAUUCGCUUUGAGUAUCUAUGAGCUCGGUGUGAGCCACAUGAAUGGCUGGGGUAUUGAGCAAGAUAAGGGCCUUGCACUACGGUGUUUUGAGAUUGCUGCGUCUUGGGGAGACGUUGAUGCGCUCGCCGAGGCUGGCUUCUGCUAUGCCCAAGGCAUUGGCUGUAAGAAGGAUCUCAAGAAGAGCGCCAAAUUCUACCGUGAGGCCGAGGCCAAGGGCAUGAGCAUGGUUGGAAACAGCUGGAUUCACAAAUCCAAGUACGACGACGACAAAGAAAAGUCUCGAUCAAAGUCCAGGUCACGAAAGAGCAUCUUCAGUCGAAAGAAGGACUAA